AUGGCCUUAGCCGCAAGCAGGACACUCUUGGCGCUAUUCGUUACGUUCUGCGCGCCAGGCUGCGGAUGGACAGCAGAGAAACCCCUGCGGUCACACAAUGGGAAACAGGCCUCUGUGGACAAGGGACUGAGGGAGAGCUGGGAGCCUUCUAUCCAUCUUGACGGAAGACCUGUGGAUCGCUUUGUAAUCAGCGCCAACAAACCCACGAGGUCUCACCGCUUAACUAAAGCGGGCAAGGACAGUCGCUCUCAUCUACUGGUGGAUGUAGACCCUGAAUGGGUUAACCUGGAUGGCUUUGCUGUGUUGGGCGGUGCACCUGUCAGCAACUCAUCAGCAGCAGGUCCAGUCAGGUCUCCACAAACCACAGCCAGAAAACAGCCUUCUGUACAGCGGGCCACCAGGGCGGACAGAACAGCUCACUCAUCAGGUGUACCUAAUACCCGGACACACAGGAGGCCACCUCAAUCCUCCUCAGGUCCCAGGCAGCCUGAGAGAGCCUUUGCAGGAGCCCCCCUGCUGGAAAGGAGACGUCAUUACCACAUCAAGCCUCAAUCGGACCAGAGGAACCGAAACACACGCAAACUAACAUCUGAGUCCGUUCAUGUGGUGUCACUGCAGGCACAGAAAGCCCAGGGCCAGAGCGCACCCGCCAACAGAGCAGUCGCAACCAAAACAACCACACCAGAGCCACCGGAGUACGAGGCUAAAGACAUCAGUGUCAGGGUCAUGUCUCCCCAGUCUGUCCUCAUCUCCUGGGUUGACCCUUUAGUCGAGAUGGGGAAAGUUGCCCCCGGGACAUCCAGAUCCUACACAGUUAGGUACAGGGAGAAGGGUGAGUCAGCACGCUGGGAGUACAAGGACAGUACCCAGAGGAGAAUGAUGAUAGAUACCCUGUCUGCUGACGGCAUGUACGAGUUCUCUGUCAGAAUCUCCAAGGGAGAAAAUCAUGGCAAGUGGAGCGUCUCCGUCUUUCAGAGGACGCCCGAGUCAGCACCAUCUGGACCACCAGAGAACUUCGAGGUCAAGCCACUACGAGGGAAAGGAACUGCUGUUGUAGCAACAUGGGAUCCACCUGAGGAACCCAAUGGGAGGAUAAGAGAGUACAUCCUGUCUUAUGCUCCUGCUAUGAAGCCAUUUGGCAUGAAAAGUGUGACUUAUCGUGGCAGCAGCACCACAGCCACCAUAGAUGGCCUCACACCGGGAGACAGGUACAUCUUCAAGAUUAGAGCCACCAACAGGAGGGGCCAGGGACCACAGAGCAAAGUCUUCAGUGUUGCCAUGCCAGGAUCCAGCAGCACUGCCUCUUCGUUCUCAAAAACCAAGGACACCCGCAGGACUAGCUACACUCCUUCCAAACAGGAUACCGACCAUGACGAAUCUGAUCUCUUAUCAACAGAGGAGCCCCGCCCUGCUGCACCUGUCAACAGGCAUCUGCGCCCGCUUUCCCAGACACGCUCCUAUCACAGCAUCUUCUCAUCUGUAAGGGGCUCGGUCAGGAACACAGAGAACAAGGUUUCAUCUAGAGGAAGAGCUCAUGAUAGAGAAGAGGAAGAGGAAGAAGAGGAGAAAAUACCCACAACACUACCUCCAGUAGAAGUGACAACAACAUUGGAGGUUGUACCCGAGACAAAAGAGCCAGACAACAAUGUUUCCGUUGAAUCUGAGGAUGAAUUUGGAUAUGAUGAAGAACCCCUUUCUACUCAGACCCCCAGCCUCAAAGUUUUGAGGCCCUCACCAACUAAACCGGCUUCUGCUCGUCCCAAACCACAACCCAGGAGGCCCAUUAAGAUUAGGGUCCAUCAGAAACCAGUAUCCAAGGCUGCCUCUUCAUCUACAUCUUCAUCUUCUUCUACUUCGUCCUCCUCAUCUUCUGCCACCUCGUCCACUUCUUCCUCAUCCUCUUCUGAUUCCUCCUCAUCUUCUUUUCCCUCUACCUCCUCUUCCUCCUCCUCAUCCUUGCCUUCUUCACCCUCAUCAUCAUCACCUUCGUCAGGUAUUCAAGAGUCAGCAGCCAGUAGAAAGGACUAUGAGGCUUCUACAAACACAGACAGCAAAAACACCAACGAUAAGGCCAGCAUAACACAUACCAAACCUUCCACUCCAGUUGUAAAAGAGACCAAUUCACAGUGGUCAGAGGCUACACCUAUAGGUAGGGGUUCGGUUUCAGGAGGGCGCAGCAGUGGGUCUGCUUUUGGUUCUAGAUAUGGUUACAGCCGAAGACACCCUGGAACUUUGUUUAGAGGGAAUUCAACCCGAAUCCUGAAUGGUUACAAACCUGCUGUCAACACAGAGUCGAAUAUACCAAGCAGAACUCUAAACCAAGCAACAUCAAACACACGUACUUCAAUAACAUCCCAAUCCACUAUACCAGACAGGACUCAAAACCAUGACACAUCACAUAUUUCCAAUCCAGCAACAGCUUCCAACAGCCAAGCAACAUCUGAUACAUAUAAUUCCGAGAAAUCACAGACCAGCUCACAGUCCAGGUCACAUGGCUCUACAACAUCAGAUACACAAAGCUCAAGCACUAAUCCAUCCACUUCGCAAAGAAACUCACAACACUCAUCCACUGCAGUCACAUCAGGCUCUUCUCAGUCAACAUCACAAAGAGGAUCUCACAGCUCUGCAACUUCACAAAGCACACACAAUUCACAGAGUUCACACACGUCACCUGAGGGAUAUUCAACAUACGGCGAGGGAAAUGAUGACAGUAAAAAUAAAAACACAGAGGCAGAAGUAACUGAAGCUGAGAAGCCUACUUCAAGCUCUAAAACACAACCCACAGAGGUGGAGAGAAGGGAGGAGAGCACUGAUGAAAAACCUGUGGUUUCUCGUACCAGAAUUAGCCCUUCAUUUGCCGAAAGAUUCCCUUGGCUAGCUAGUCGUUAUCCAGGCAGAUUCGGUUCAGGGACAAGGAUGUCAUCUUCCAGGCAAGAUGGUAGGACCCCCUGGACCAGGACUUCAUCAUCUGUAGGGGCUGGCAGACCCAUCUUGAGGGGUACACCUACUAGGGUCUCAGGGGCCACGGGUGCUGCUGGAGUGGUGGCGAUACAGGAAACCACUGAUGAUGUGAAGACUCCUUCCACUAAUGACUCACUAAAGAAUGGGGUUGGGGUGGGCUCGGUUAAGCCUUCUUUAACCAAUAAAAAUACAGCAUCUAGUGACACUAGAAACCCAACUACCUCAUCCUCCUCCUCUUCUUCUUCAGCAUCCACUUCUUCAGAUUCCCAUCAUUCCUCAGGUGGACACAUUGAAUCAAGUGAGCCCAUCAUUGAAGGAACAUCUAAUGACAAUAAUUACAGUCAUGAUAAAGACUAUGUCGAUGAGGGGAGUAGAGACAUUAGUGGGAAAACUGUUGCCCAAAAGAAUCCUGCUAUAACAACUGACCCUCACAGAAACACAGAGGACAACGAGAGUUUGGAUACAAGGGAAACUUCUUCUAGGACCAGGACUGGCACAUCCUUUGGAGUCAUUCCUACUCACCGUCGUCCUGGUGUAGGGGUGAAUGGGAGGGUACGCUCUCGUCUGUUGGCUAACCAGCAGUUUGGUGGAUCUAGGCUUCCCAUCAGACCACAACCAGCACAGAACUCAAGGCUCGGUUCUUCAACAUCUGAGUCAUCCUCAUCAUCAUCUCGCUCUUCUUCUUCAUCAAAUUCAGAACAACCAGUGUUGAGCUCAGAUCAUGGAACUGGCACUGGCACUACUGUGACAAAGACAGGGGGAAUAAUUGGAGGGAACUCCCAGUCCUCAUCUUCAUCUUCAUCAUCUUCAUCUAGAGACAGCUUUAGGGGACAGGGGGGUAGGUCUCGGUAUCCUAUCUUCAGAGGGAAACCAACCAAUGGAGGAGCACUCAAACCUGCCAAUGGAAACGGUAAAAAUGGACGACCCAACCUGACAGCAACAAACGAUAAAGAUUCCUCUUCCUCCCAUGGAACCAGUAAGGCAGUUGGUCAAAGGUUUAUCACUGGACCUGAUGGAACCAAAUGGGUGAUAGACUUGGAGCAUGGGGUUCUUAUGAACCAGGGUGGACAAGUUCUCCAGGACUCCAAUGGCAAACCAAAAAGAGUGGUGCUUGGCGAGGAUGGACGUACAAUUUUUGACCACAUGGGCAGUCCCCUUGUAAACCAGGAAGGUAUGGCUCUGUUCGGCCACGGCAGAGAUAGCAGGCCUGUGGUCAACCCCAAAGACAAGGUCCUCAUGGUUGGAGGGAAACCUGUACUUGGCUUGGACCUGUCUCACCUCAGGACUUCCACCACCACCACAACCACCACCACCACUGCCACCACCACCACCACCACCAUGGCUCCUACCACCACACCUGCACCCACCACCACUGAAUGGAUCAUAGAGGAGUCUACCACUGCACUGCCAUUCCCCACCUGUCCCCCUGGAACCUUCUCCAGAAGGGAUGAAAAUGGGUAUCCAGUGCUUGACCCAGAGGGAAUAUUGGACUGUUAUCCAGAGGAGGAAUCCUCAGGAAUGGAAAUGGACCACAUGGUUACGCAGACCAUGGUGCCUGAUGAUUUCGCUCUUAAAAAAGAUUACUUUUUGGUUCAGACCACCCUGCCGUCACCUACCACCACCAGCCCCACCACCGCCACCACCACAGAGAUCUCGACUCCGGAGCCACACACCAGACCAUUCAACAAAGGCCCUUCAUCUGAGUUUGACCUCAGUGGGAAGAAGCGAUUCACAGCUCCCUAUGUGAACUACAUCCAGAAGGACCCGGGUGCUCCUUGCUCUUUGACGGAGGCUCUGGAGUACCUACAGGUGGACGUCCUAGAAGACUUGAUAAAGAAGGACAGUCAUGCAUCCAAUCAGAACCAGCCUCCCAAAAACAAGCCCCAUAACCUCACCGUGGUCGCCAUGGAGGGCUGCCAUUCAUUUAUCAUCCUGGACUGGGCCCGGCCACUGAAAGAUGAUAUGGUGUCAGGCUACAUGGUUCACAGUGCUUCAUAUGAUGAUGUCCUCAACAACAGAUGGUCCUCUAGACCCUCCAGCGGGACACACCUGGCCGUGGAGAAUCUCAAACCCAACUCCAGGUACUACUUCAAAGUGCAGGCCAAGAAUGUGUUUGGUUUGGGACCGGUCAGCGAUACAUUAACCUAUGUCACUGAAUCAGACGAUCCUCUUCUCAUUGAAAGGCCACCUGGUGGCGAGCCAAUCUGGAUUCCCUUCACCUUCAAAUAUAACCCAGCCCACAGCAGCUGCAAGGGCAGCCAGUACGUCAAGCGGACGUGGUACAGGAAGUUUGUGGGCGUGGUCCUGUGUAACUCUCUGCGAUACAAAAUCUUCAUGGGAGACGGUCUCAGAGAGCCUUUUUACAGUAUAGGAGAUACAUUUGGACAGGGAGAGGACCAUUGCCAGUUUGUGGACUCGUACAGGGAUGGAAGGACAGGCCCGGCCUACCUCUCAAAUAAUCUGCCCUCAGCACAAGGUUUUUAUCGUGCAUACAGACAACAGCCAGUUACAUUUGGAGUUAUUGGCAGACGCACACCCCAUCCAUUCGUGGGAUGGUACGAAUGUGGUGUGCCCAUCCCCGGGAAGUGGUAACACAGGAGGUGGAGGAGGAGGAGACAUUGUUUCCAAGGGCAACGGUUCUGCAUCCUGCUGCAGGCUCACACCUUCACUGGUCCUGCCCUUAAACACAGACUUUUGCCUGCCACAAGAAAGAGACACCACUACAAGUUUAUUACAGCUUCACAGAAAGAGAAUAUAGUACUUUUAAACAACUCAGUGUAUAUCAAUACAAUGCACUUUUUAUAUAAAGCAGUCUGUAUAUGAGGGAAAAAGAAGCAUGUGUGCUCUUGCUUAGUUUAACUCUUGUCCAAAAGUGUCCUUGUACUACUCCCAACUAUCCCAGAGACAGGUCCUUACCCAGUGUUAUUUAUCUCAUCAAUAAUGCACACACACGGUCAAACCAGUGACAUUGGACCAAAGCACAAGUUGCAAAGAAAACUGUAAGAAUGGGCACUUAAGGUGUGUAUAGGUCUGUUAAUUUUCAAUCGUGAGAUUUGUAUUUCAUAAUGUAAUGGCUUCCGACAGCUACUUUUUGUUUGUUUAUUUGUGUUCUUAAAUCAUCAUACAGUUUUUUUGUUUUUGUUUUUUUUUAAACACCCUUUGGUAUUCACCAGAAUUCAUUAAGAGUUACUGUGUAAGUUUUGUAUGUAUACAGACAAAGAAUAAAAGACCAAAUAUUUGCUCAGGAAUUGUGGGAGA